AAGAGGCUUAGUUGAGAUGCGCGGUGCAUUCUUCUGUGGAGGGCGAAGCGAGCAGCCAUCCGCAGGGCAGCAGAAUUACUCGAAACAUCCUCAGUGAUAAAUCAACCUUUGGUCGCGCACUCGAAGGAAAUCUGCUUGAAUCUCUCAGAAGAAAAAACAAAAAACAACCUUUGAGACAAAGUCUGCAACAUUUUGUCCACACUGGAAGUUGUGUUGCCUGGAGCCACCGGGGGAGUCUUGUACCAUCCCAGCCCCGUGAGGGUUCAUUUGUCCCCCUGCGCAGCCUUUCAUCAGCCCGGAGGAUCCACAGCGCGGGGACUUACAUUCGGACAAAAUAUCGAUACGAUGAUCCCAAGGUGAGCUGCCGUCCUGUCGUGUCCAUCUGUCCAGCUGCACGAGCUCAGAGUUCAGAGGAAACUCCUGACUGAGAAACACAAAAUGUCUGCUGCUAACAUCAGCCCGCUGAUCCUCCUCCUCCUCCUCCUCUCGCCCUCGGUUUCGAACCAACAGGUCCCCACUAACUGUGUGAUCAAGAGGGAGCAGGAGAAAUGCAUGGAGAUGAUAGAGUCAGAUGAUCCUGGGAACGAUCCAGAAUAUGGUUGUCCGUGGAUGUGGGACAACCUGACAUGUUGGCAGCCUGCCAGGAUCGGGGAGGUGGUCGAGGUGAACUGUCCUGAACUCUUCUCUCAGUACAUCAGUGAAGAAGACUUCGAGCUGGGGAAAGUGAGUCGUAACUGCACAGAGUACGGCUGGUCGGAGACCUUCCCUCUUUACAUCGACGCCUGCCUGUACGAGGAAGGAAACAGCAACCAUACGGAGAUGUACUUUGUGUCAGUGAAGGCUCUGUACACUGUGGGCUACAGCACCUCUCUGGUCUCCCUCACCAUGGCCAUGGUCAUCCUGUGCAGGUUCAGGAAGCUGCACUGUACCAGGAACUUCAUCCACAUGAACCUCUUUGUGUCGUUCAUCUUGAGAGCUAUUUCAGUCUUCAUCAAAGACGGCGUGCUGUACACCAACGAGGACAGCGACCACUGCUUCAUACACACUCUGGAGUGUCGAGCCGUGAUGAUAUUCUUCCACUACUGCGUCCUUUCUAACUACUUCUGGCUCUUCAUCGAGGGUCUGUACCUCUUCACGUUACUGGUGGAGACCUUCUUCCCUGAAAAGAGAUACUUCUACUGGUACAUCAUCAUCGGUUGGGGAACCCCCACGCUGUGUGUGACCAUCUGGGCGGUGCUGAGGCUACACUUUGACGACAUCGGGUGUUGGGACAUGAAUGACAACGUUGCCAUCUGGUGGGUGAUCAAGGGACCUGUGCUGGCUUCGAUUAUGAUCAACUUUGUGCUUUUCAUCGGCAUCAUCAUCAUCCUCGUGCAGAAGUUACAGUCCCCAGACAUCGGUGGAAAUGAAUCCAGCAUUUACCUGAGGUUGGCUCGCUCCACUCUGCUGCUGAUCCCUCUGUUUGGGAUCCACUACACUGUGUUUGCCUUCUCCCCCGAGAACGUCAGCAAGAGGGAGCGCCUGGUGUUUGAACUCGGCCUCGGAUCCUUCCAGGGCUUUGUGGUGGCCGUCCUCUACUGCUUCCUGAACGGAGAGUAUAUCCCUCAAGGUGCAAUCGGAGAUCAAGAGGAAAUGGCGCAGCUGGACGGUGAACAGGUACUUUGCUGUGGACCUGAAGCACCGGCAUCCUUCGCUGGCGAGCAGUGGGGUGAACGGGGGAACGCAGCUGUCUAUCCUCAGCAAGAGCAGCUCGCAGAUCCGCAUGUCCAGCCUGCAGGCGGAGACCCCGGCCACCUGAGCGGCAUCGGCGGGGACGCCACGUCCGGCAACGACGCCGCCUCCGGACCUGACCCCGCCAAACCUGCCACACCCACUGUCGUCCCAAUGACCAGCCUCACCAACCCGUUCCUCAACCCUUACCCCAACCCGUACCCAGACGAAACCAUGAUGGAAACCCAACUCAACUCCACCGACCCAGAACAGCCUCUAGUCUGAGCUGCUUCACCCCCCGAAACCAUGAAACCUGAACGCCAGGUGUCAAAUAUGAAUCUUACCGUGUCCCGACCUCUGACCUGGAGUCAAAAUCAAACCUGCUCCUGAGCAGCCUAUCGUCUUCAAAGGGCAUGAUUAGGAUUCUAGUGUAAAUCUAGUGUCUUGUUGGGCUGUAACAUGCAGGAGAAGUGUGGUUAUCUCUCUGUACAUAUCGUGUUAGUGUUUCAAGUUGUCUGGUGCUACAGUAUCUGCUGCUGUAAUGCACAGAGGGACCAGAGAGCUCUGCGGCGCGUGCCCUCUCACAUUCCAGCCUGUCUGAGAACGCUUCGUCCUCAACUCUCAUCCUCAAAAAUGUAUUUUAAGACUAUCACUGUAUUCCUCUUUAAAUACAGACAUCACAGCUGCCGAGCCAUUUCACAUGGUUUAACUUAAUCCAGACAAACUCUGGCGAUGUAAAUACUUUAGAGGGGCAGUCCACUGGUUUUGCACAUGGAGGUCAGUUUACUUUUAUUGUCUCGUUUGGCUCUAGAGGAGCUUUUUAACAGAGAAAACCUGUGUGAGUGUAUGGAGAAAGGUGGAGGCGAGGAGGAUCUAAAAACAGAUCCAUUUAGCUGCAUCAUGGGAAAUGUAGUAUUCAGCAUUUUUGGACUUUAAAUUCAUGAUAUUCGGCCCCUGCUGCUUCGAUUCUGACCCGCUCUGAUGUACAGUUAGAAGAAAGUGUAAUUUUGUUAAAUAUGUUCACAUCAGUGUUAAAAAAAUGCAACUUUUCACCAUCGAAUCAGCGUUUGAUGAAGGUCAGCUGGCAAAUUUAAGUCAUACCCAAACUUAUUAAACCCAUUUAGUGCUGAAGUAGAACAGCCAACAUCAUUUUUAAACCACUGCAGCACUCUUUAUGUGACUGUAUGAAAGCUCAGUAUUAUUUCCCUCUACUGACGCAAGACCCUUUUCCUGAGUAAACUGUGACUGAUGUAAAAACAACAUAUAAGGGGUGUCGAAGAAUGUCCAGGAGAAAUUCACCUGGAUCUAACAGGUGAACGAGCAGUAUUUAUUAGAAGGACAUGUUUCCUACGGUUAUGUGAAAUGCCAAAAAAAAUAAAAGAUAAAAAAAUACAGGGUUAGAUGAAGACUCAAGAGGGUCUUCUUUGGGACAUGUGCGCAGUGCUGAGGUUUGCCGACUACGACCACAAACACAAACCUCUCUUCACUGAAUCUCAGCACUGGAAACGAAACGUCUGAGAGGAUUCGUCCUGGUUUUAAAACAGCCGUUAGUACAGAAAAUGUCAAUGAAAAAGAACUCGUGACCAAAGCGUCAUGAGUCCAACUGCUUGCAUGAAUUUGCAUUUAUUGUCCAUGUGUUGUUUUCUUUCUUUUUCUUUCUUUUUUUCCAAUGUGAGGAUUCAGUGGAUGUUCUUUCUUUUUCUUCAUGAACUUUCUAUGCGGAUGUUGUGGAGGCGACGCUCUGUCACACCGAGCCUCUUCAACAGCCUCCUGCGGGGAGUUUCAACAUUGUACUGGUCGACGUGAAGGUGUAGACCGUCGGACACAUCACAGCACUUCACUGUUUUUGGAUACAAUUUGCUGAUUUGUUUCUAAAGAAUUAUUUUUUUUCCUCCCCUUGUACCACCUCGCAGUAUCUCUGUCUUUCUGCAGUUAUCCUCUCUUUAUGCGUGACAAACAAGCAUAUUGAGACAGGUGUUACUCUCAGAGAGGGGGGUCAUUUUCUCAUUCCAGAGAUGAAUUAAUCGACUCCUCUUUGAGUUUUUUGCACGGCCGUAUCUGUCUGCAAAGGCUGUGUUAACUUUUUUUCCUUUGGUCCAACUCAACUAUCCUCUGAAACCCGACCCGUUCGACUCAACUUUUUGUCUCCAAAAGUGCCUUUAAGCACAAAUUUUGACUUCUGUUGAUGAUUUAAAAGAGAAAAAAAAAAUAAUUGUCUUUUUAAUUUCAAAACAAAACUGCAAAGUAAAGAAAAAAAGGGUUGAACAAAGUGCUUUUAUGAUGCUUAAGACUAAAUCAGUAUUUUAAACCUGGAGGCCUUCAAACUACUUUAACUCGUCUUGGCUAAAGAUGAGCAGAACAUACGACAGAUUAGUGUUUUGAAUAAAGCAGUGCUACAGUGUCUGAACUCAGUAAGUCAAUGUACAGUACACUCUAUCACGUGCAAGAAUAAAUGUUUUAGUUUCCUUAUUUUACUGACACAUCCUUUCUUUUUGUCUACGGCAGAGAAACGGAAAAUGACAAGACUAUAAAAAGUCUCUUUAAAAUAUUAAAAUUGUCCAAAUUUUUGUUAAAUAUGACUGAAUCUCUCAUUUCUGCAAGGACAGAAAUCAUUUGGUCUGACUGUAAAUGUCUUUAAAGACUGGAAAACGAAUCCUUUGAUUAACAGAUAUUUGAGUUCACUGUUUCACUGCAGUUAAUUGUUGAGUUUUUCUCCUCGUUAACUGUUUGAAGUUACACAGUUAAAAAACAUUUUGGUCAUUUGCAGGUAAAAAGAGUUUGAGUAUGGACAUAAUUAUUAUUUAAAGAUGAAUACAAGAACAAAAUUAAUCAAGCAUUAAAAAUAUAUAAUACUAUACUGAUAUAAUGCAUUUGUACAGACUAUUGUUAAAUGUAAAAUAUCUAAAAAUAAUCACAAAUAAAACAAGAAAUACAUUCAGAAAAUAAACAAUAAUAAAACACUGAGGACUAGACGUCUGUGUCGAGGUUCAAACUGAAAAAGAUUUGGUCAAAAAGUGAAACUUUUUUUAGACGUCGAUUGAGGCUUAAAGCUCGUUCUUUGUAAACAAGGUCCAUUAGUGGAACUUCUGGAGCUUUCAAACAUGAUCUUCCUCAGCAGAUGAAGCUUGCUUUAGAUUGUAGUUCAAAUUUCCUUUUUUUUCUGAGAACCUUUAAGAACUUCUGUUCCAUGUUAAUCACGUUUCUCCAUUAUUUUGAAGGUUUUUCAAAAGUAAUUUAGUGACUGUAUUUAAGUGUAUAUAAGACACUGACAUACAGCAACUGAAUGUGUUUUUAUUGACUGAUUUAUUUGACCAGAAACAGCCUCAUUUUAAAUAUAGUGAGUCCAAAUUCCCAGAACCAGUGAACAGUGAUGUGACCUCUGUGUCACUGCAGCCUUAAAUCUUAAAAAGUAAAUAUUUUUUUGAGGUUUAAGUCUCAUAUAGUCCAUUAAAUUUAUACUAGACACUGAAAUAUAGUUAUGAAAAUGAAGUAACGCCUAAAAACUUUCACUUUUUAACCAAAUUUUGUCCCGUUUCACUCCAAUCUCAAACAUCUCUUGACCUGCAAAUGACCAAAGCCAUUAUUCCUCAGAGUCCAGAGAGAAAGAGAGAGAAAAGAAGGGCUGACCGCUGUAACUGUCCUGUCCUGCUGUUCUGCUCUGUCUGUGUUCACAAGUAAUAACAGUGCAGAUCCAACAGCAGCCAUAAGGGGGCCCCGGUUCAUCUCGUGAUGUUUGGGGGGGGGGGAAAGGGCUGGACAAUCACCACCUCUUCUUCUCUGGUUCAGUUCAAUAUUCAGAGUUCAUAAAAACAACAUUAUGACAAUCUCACCGGGUCAUGAGCCGAAUUUUGUUGAUGUGAUUUUUUCCUUUCGUGUUAAUAUGGGAGUUGGAGCCUUAUAUUGCCAGUACUAUGUUGAUGUCAGACAAAGAUGUUGCUAUUAUUAUUAUUAUUAUUAUUAUAAGAAUAAAUACUCAUUUGUUUGGAGCUAUGAAGUAGUUAGUUGAAGUGUUUGAAAGGUGUGUAGCCAACCUUUGUGACUAAAUAAACCGCAGUUUAAAUGUGCGAGACAGAAACAAGCUGUUGUACCUUGUAAAUGUGGUUCAAAGUGAAUAGCUGUGAUUGUUCUCAUAUUUUUUCAAACUGUUUUUAUUUGACUCCUUUUUAAUGGUGAUCGUGUUUGCUAAAAGUAUAAAGCCUCCUGUGACGCCUCUGUACUCUCUCGAUAGGCUGAUGCAUGCUUGUUAAAUCGUCUUGAUCUCAUGUGACCAGCAGAUGACAUUCACAGCAGAGGGUCGAGCUUUCAGGCCGUCAAAGGGAAUCCAAUUAAUAAGCUAGAAUAUUUGGAUAUUUGAUACCAACUGUGAACGAUUUAUCGAAUUGUAGCUCUCGUCCCGUCAGGACCCGUCGAAUACUUUUCCUUUGAAUGUUAAACCUGUGCAGACAUGAGGAAAAGUAAAGUGCCAUAAAAAAUAAAAAAACCUGCUGUACUCUUUUCUUUUCCUUUUUUAUUUUUACUGCAAAGCAUGACAAGAAAGUUGUUUUAAAUGUUUUUUUCUUUCCAGCUUUUCGAUGGUGGUUAUCUUUAUUGAAGUGCUUCAUUGUAUCGAUUGCCUGUUUGAAUCAGUUAAUCAGUCAAAAAAAAAAAAUGGGGCUCAGCGGUUCGUGUACUGAUGGCUGAAUGUAAAAGUAUCUCAAAGCACUCGAGCCUGCUUCUGUCUGCUCACGAGCUCCUGUUUGUUUCUUACAUUCGAUCUCUUUCCACUGCACAGCGAAACCAUUUGAUCUUGUUUCAGUGUUGCACACUAGAAGGCUUUUUUGUAUAUUAUGGAAGUAUCGACAAUAAAUGUUUUUAACUUGUUGGCUCAA